AUGGCAGAUAAACAAUCCGACAGCGGGUUCUCUGACAACGCCCCCGGAGGCCGCCACAACCAAGCAGAGACCGAGCACGACGAGGGCAAUAACAACAAUCAAGGCGAGGUAUCCAAUACUGUACAGCAGCAAGGAGGGCAGUCAAGUCUCCAACAGAUGCCAAAUGGUCUCCUCGAUAACAGAGGUGAGCAAGGUCAACGAGCUAUUCGUGGAUUGACGAAACGUGAGGUGGAGGAAGUGUCUGGCAGCUUGAAGAUUCAUGUGAAGUUGAAUCUAGAGGUGGAUCUACGGGUGCAAGCUUCGCUGAAUGGAGACAUUGUGAUUGGCAUUUUGUAG